GACUUGCCAUGGUUGGCUUGAUUGUUGCCAUUGGCUUCCGUCGCUAUGACGGUACAAUGAGAAUGGUAUCAACAAACAGUCUCGCAAUCAGCGCAUCAUGCCAUGUUCUUGAAGAAGAUAGAUCCAGCGGGUAUUUGCUCCCGUUGCAAUGGGGAGUGGUCCAGAUGUCGGCUGAAGAGGGCAAAUGCGCGUUCACAACAGCCGCGACAGACACCGUAAGAUUGCCAACUGAGGGGUUAAAAUAUAAAUAGUUCAUAAGAUGAUGUAAGGGUCAAGGACAAGGUCACGGCUAUCUAUUGAGCCUCAGAUGUGCCGGUUUAUAGAGGAACAUCUUAUAGUUGU